AUGUCUGGAGCUGCCCAACAGCUCAAAGAUGAGGGCACCCAACGACAAGUCGUAGCAGCGGGGGCUAUAGCAGGACUCGUAUCACGAUUCUGCAUCGCCCCGCUAGACGUCAUAAAAAUCCGGCUCCAGCUCCAAACGCACUCCCUCUCGGACCCCCUUGCGCACGCCCUCGCCAACGGCAGCCCGAUCUACAGCGGCACCCUCCACACCCUCAAACACAUCCUGCGCACCGAAGGCCUGACCGGCCUCUGGAAAGGCAACGUCCCCGCCGAGCUGCUCUACCUCGCGUACGGCAGCGUGCAGUUCAGCACCUACCGCCUGACAUCGCGGUACCUCUCCACGGUGCCCCUUUUCCGGCGCUCUCACCCGCAUCCCAGGACGCAGAAGGAGACGCGGGAUGCAGCCAUCAGCUUCGUGGCCGGCGCCUUCGCCGGCACCGUCGCGACCACCGCGACCUACCCGCUCGACCUGCUGCGCACGCGCUUCGCCGCCCAGGGCUCCGAGCGCGUGUACGCCUCGCUGGCCGCCUCGAUCCGCGAGAUCACGCGGCAUGAGGGGCUGCCUGGCUUCUUCCGCGGGCUGGGCGCAGGCGUCACGGGCAUCGUGCCCUACAUGGGCCUCUUCUUCGCCGUCUACGAAACGCUCAAGCUCCCCCUCUCCGAGCUGUCCCUCCCCUUUGGGAGCUCCGACGCCGUGGCCGGCACCGUCGCGAGCGUGACGGCCAAGACGGUCGUGUAUCCGCUUGAUACGGUUAGGAAGCGGCUGCAGGUGCAGGGCCCGACGAGGGGAAGGUAUGUGCAUCGGAAUAUUCCAGAGUUCAGGGGCGUGCUGGGGACUAUCAAGGCGGUGUUGGCGAGGGAGGGGAUGAGGGGCUUGUAUAGAGGUUUGGGGGUCAGUUUAAUCAAGGCGGCGCCGGCGAGUGCGGUUACUAUGUGGACGUAUGAGAGGGCUAUGGGGGUUAUGCUUGCGUGGAACGAGGACGGUGAAGAGCUGUGA